GUCUUUGGCGUGCCCUCCAAAGUCCACCGUCCGUUCUCAUCAAGCCAACUCAGAUGAUGGGGAUAUCCACCCGAGAGCUGUUUCUCAACUUCACUAUUGUCCUGAUCACCGUAAUUCUUAUGUGGCUCCUUGUGAGGUCCUAUCAGUACUGAGAAGCCAUGUCAUGCUCCUGGGAUUGACUGCAACUCUCGAGCUGCCUGCUGGAUGUCCUGAGCGCCCACUGCUGUCAUGGGAUGCCUUUCUCAGCACCCCAACUCACCUCUGACCCACAAGCAUACUGUCUGAGGUCCUCUACUGUUAGGAUCGAUUGUGUGUCCUCUAAAGAUGCUGCCCACAAGGGCUGUCCAGUAUCUGCCAGUGAGCAUUAGAGCUAUUCCUCAACUCUUCCUGCAAAUGUGUGAGACAAGCCACAAGGUUAAAAUUAAAUGAUUCAUGAUGACGUAGAAUUGUAACAAACCCCUGAUCUUCCCGUACGUCCCUUCUCCCCACACUGUCUGCCGCCAAACUCUCCAUCAACCCAUCAGAAGAAAGAAAUGUUAGAGGAAGUCAUUGUUAGCCCCUAUAGCUAUCAUGUGAAUAAAGUGAA